AUCUCCAGAACCUUCUUCCUCCCUCACACCCGAGCCAGCCCUGCACUCUACGCGCCCCUGCGCCCUAGGCCCCUGCCCUGAGCCCCGCGCCCCAGCGCUCUGAGCCCUGAGCCCUGAGCCCUGCGUCCUGCGCCUGCACGCUUCUGCUCCUGCACUCUGUGCCCAAUCCCUGCUGCAGCGCCUGCACUUUCCCCUUUGCGCCCCUGCGCCCCCUGCUGCACCGAACCUGCACUCCGAUCAUGCCCAGAUUCCCUUGCUCUGCGCACCCUGCUGCGUUGACCCUGCUGCUGCGCCUUUGUCUCUGCAGCCAACCGAGCAUGAGACAAACCCGCACCAUGUCAUUGCCUUGCUGCAGAAUGACAUCACACUCCAGCUUUCUUGGCUGUUCUGCAGGGCCAGUUUUGGCCUCACCUGAUCAACGGUAAAAGAAAAAAGAAAAAAAGGAAAGAUCAAAGGGCUCCGGAGUUUGAAUUUCUAUUUAUUUUUUUUGUGUGCUUGGCCUGCUCCCUGUUGAGGUGCAGGGUUAGAAGCUAGCUAUUUUUCUCUGAUUUGUUUAGCAAGAGUGCUUGGUAGCUUAUACCAGUGCAACCCACCAACACCGUGUGAUAUCUUUUGCAAAAUCAUAUAUUUAUAGUGUUUGAUUAACCGACGGUUUUAUCGGUUAAAUCAAUUGAACCAUUCAAAUUGCAAACCAAAGGUCAAAACGGUUUGACCUUCGGUUUGAGUUUGAAAACAUUGCUUGGGGGGUUCUUGGGUUUUGAGUCUUGGUGUUGACGGCAAAGAAAAGAGAGGGAUUUCGGCUAGAAGGAAGCAGCAGCUUGAGAGGAGAUCGUUAAGCUCUUAAGGAGUGACUGUUUUUGGAAGCUGCGUUUCUGGAUUUAUCUUUGCUUUAGGUAUUUUUCUUCAACAGAGGAGUCCUUUUUGGGGAGGCAGUGAGGGGAAUGAUCUGGACUUGAUCCCGUGGGAGGGAUCCGCCAGAUCGGACUGCGAUCUGUUACCCAGAAAAGCUCUGCCGUGUUUGUUUCGUUUGUCUUCUUGUUUCUAUGAUUUGCUUUUUUUGAUGUUAAGAUUGUAUGUGUUUCGUUGGAAAAUGAAUGAAAAACCAAAAA